UCUGUCUCUCUCUUGAGGCCUAUAUAAUGUUUCCUCCAUUGAGGCUUGUUCUUUCACUCAUUUUGCCCUCAUUUGUUCAUGCAUUCAUUUCUAAACAGAAUCAACCAAAUUACAUCACAUUUUCCUUUGCCAAAACAGAGUGAAAACUCGGAAAAUUCUAGAGAUUCUUCUCAAUGGCAAAUGCUCUGUAUUUUCUUUGUCCUUUGCUAAUUAUGAUGAUGCUUUUCAUCAAUGCCACAGCCAGUAAAAGUAUUGAAGAAGCAGAGCAAUUUCAGAGCUUAAGUAACUCGACUAUGGCGAAUAGGUUAAGUGAAAAUGAUGAACUCAAGCAUGAACAUGCUGAAGAUGAUCCAGAAGCUAUCGCUUCAAUGGUGGCUACGAGCAUUAGGAAUAGCACAGAGAGGAGGAAAUUAGGCUACUUCUCAUGUACAACAGGAAAUCCCAUAGAUGAUUGUUGGCGUUGUGAUCGCCAUUGGGUACGUAACCGCAAACGCUUAGCUGACUGCUCUAUUGGCUUUGGACGCAAUGCCAUUGGUGGUCGUGAUGGCAGGUAUUAUGUUGUGACUGACUCAGGUAAUGACGAUCCAGUAAAUCCCAGACCUGGAACACUUCGUCAUGCAGUAAUUCAAGACGCACCAUUGUGGAUAGUGUUUAAACAUGAUAUGGUCAUCACACUUAAGCAAGAACUUAUGAUGAACAGUUUCAAGACAAUUGAUGCUCGUGGUGUGAAUGUACAAAUUGCAUAUGGGGCUUGUAUUACUAUCCAAUUUGUUACUAAUAUUAUUAUUCAUGGUCUUCAUAUUCAUGACUGUAAACCCACUGGUAAUGCCAUGGUCCGAAACUCACCAUCACACUAUGGUUGGAGAACAAUGGCUGAUGGUGAUGGCAUUUCCAUUUUCGGUUCGAGUCAUAUUUGGAUUGACCACAAUUCUCUUUCUAAUUGUGCUGAUGGUCUCAUUGAUGCUAUCAUGGGUUCAACUGCAAUUACCAUUUCAAACAAUUACUUCACACAUCACAAUGAGGUGAUUUUAUUGGGGCACAGCGACUCCUAUAUCAGAGAUAAGGUUAUGCAAGUGACUAUUGCCUUCAACCAUUUUGGUGAGGGCCUGAUCCAGAGAAUGCCAAGAUGUAGGCAUGGUUAUUUCCAUGUGGUGAACAAUGACUAUACACACUGGGAAAUGUAUGCAAUUGGUGGUAGUGCUGAUCCUACAAUUAACAGCCAGGGCAACAGAUACCUUGCCCCAGUGAACCCUUUUGCCAAAGAGGUGACAAAAAGAGUGGAACCAUGGGAAGGAUCAUGGAAGCACUGGAACUGGAGAUCAGAGGGAGACCUUAUGCUGAAUGGAGCAUACUUUACUGCGUCUGGACGUGCCGCUCCACGCAGUUAUGCAAGAGCCUCAAGCUUAGCUGCUAAAUCCUCUUCUAUGGUGGGAACUAUUACCUCAAAUGCUGGUGCACUUUCUUGUCACAUUGGCUUCCAAUGUUGAUGUCAAAACACAUUGGACACAUCUGCUGAUCGAAGAGCACUACCACAUUACUUUUGCAUGUCCAUUGAAUUCAUCAAGUAGCCUAUUUUCACCAAUUUCUCUUUCUUCUCCUUGUUUACGUCCGUCCCAACUCACCCUUGAGUAGGGGCGGAUCCAGAGUAUUGUGGAUGGGUUCAAUUCAGCCCACCAUUUUCAGCUUAAAACUUAGAUGUAUAUGUGAAAAUCUUGAAAGUAAUAUAAAUAUUAAGUUCUGAAAUUAUAUGUUCAAAGAACACAGAAUCUUGAACCAAUUAAACUAAAAUCUGAAAUUCGUCUCAUCUCUUGAGCAUGAAGUUUUUGUUCAUUGUUUCCACUUGUGAUCUUUAUGUACUGAGUGCUCAACCUCGCCCUGACUCAACUUGAAAUAUAAUUCAACCGUCUCUGGAACAGGUGCUGAGAUUUUGUCUUUUUCUUCAGAUAUGCAUAGUAUCAGAAAGAUUGUGAAAAGAAAGUGCAAGGAAAAAAAAUGGAAGUCAAUAUUUAGGUCGUUUUCUUGUUAUAGAUGUUCAGCUUCAAGUUAUUGUUGUAAUCGCUAUCCUUAUAUAUGUAAUUGCUAUGAAUUCUGCUUCAAAUUCAUAUUUGUUCGCAGCCC